UCAAAGUAUUCAAAAUAAACAGUUAUUUUUUAUUUGAAUAUGUAUUUGAAAGUGUGUGUGUUGCUUAUGGCCUUAGUCCUGAGCCAAGCUAAUCCCCAAAUCGAUUUGUCCGAAAAUCGCCUCAUGACGUUAAUGCUAGAGGAUGCGAUUUCUAGGCAAGACCCACAAAGAAAGAACGAUUGCUUCAAUUACUAUAUGCCGCUGAUAAAUGAAUUGGGUAUUCAGUAUCAAGGGGCCUACCAACACUGCUUGCAUAUCAGUGAGCAAGCCCACGCGGAAGUCGAUUGUACCAUCCAAAAGGAUCGCACUCAAAUUGAUGAUGUUGCCAAAGAGAUCUGCGGAACUACUAGCACUUGCAGUGAGCAUACCAACUCAAUUGAAUUCUUCGAGUGCUACCGGAAUGCAAGUGUCGCUGGUGAAAAAUCCAUGCUAAGAAUCAAAGAAAAAUCGGUGGAUCUGUUGGCUGAGGUGCGUGAGCAAUACCGUUUCAUCGACGUCGAUCAAGACUUCUGUACCACCAAAGCGAAACGUGCCAAUAAAGAGCAGCUUGACAAUAUCUAUGCUGAGUUAGAAAAGUGUCUAAAGGGAGUGAUCCCUGUGCCCACGACCACCACACCAGCUCCUUAGGAUCUCUCUCAAAUGGAAGUCUUAAAAGUAUACACAAGACGAGUCUUCAAGCAUUAAAAAAAUCAAUUAAAAAGGAUCCAGUCGAGAGGGCACGACUAUGAAAUACCUAGCUUUAACUUUUAUGUCCUUCUUUUUAGAUGAACUUCAUUCUCUAAUAUAAUUAAAUAAAAAGCAUUUGAAUUGAAUAAAAA